AUGAGGGAUGGUGUCCCAAGGACGCCCGAGGAGCCGCUGGAUGUCAUUGCCCGGGACUCGCUAUGCUUCGCGUGCCCGGAGCCCGACGUCGUCCUGCACGCCGGCCAGCCAGGCUUCCUCGAGGGCCUCUUGCGCCUCUACUCCGUCGCCGAGAGCAAUGCGACAGAACGCCUGAUCCGUCUCAAGGAACGCCUGCGCCAGACCAAGACCGAGGACUUCUUCGAGGUGCUCACCGAAGGCCUGGCCCAGCUCACCGGUGCUCAGUAUGCCUUCAUCUCCAAGCGAAUCCUCGUCGACGACGCAAACGUGGCGGUAGAAAUGCCUCCCAUUGGUGAACCUGGAUCCUGCUUGAUGGGCGCGGCGUUUUACGUCAGUGAUGGGCUGGACAUCAAGGCAAAUCUCAAAAACUUCAAGUACCACGCCUAUUCAUGCCCUUGCGCCUACAUGAAGCAUGACAAGGUCUUCAUCAUCCCGGAGCGUCUGAACGAAUUCAUUACCGACAAUCCCAACCAACUCGCAAUCCCCGGCGAAGCUUACCUCGGUGUUCCUCUCUGGGCAGAGGGGAAGUGUUUUGCCCAUUUUGGCGUCAUGUGGUCACCCGACGGUGCUACAAAACGUACCCUUGGAUGGGGUUAUCUGGAGAUGAUGCUCCACUCUUUGGAGGAUCUGAUCUUAGAACGCAUUCUAGAGGGGACCAAGUUUGCGAAGCCGCCGUCACCAAAAGCAAGGCCUCAAAAAGUCGUUCCACAUGAGGCCAUCACGGUCGUACAAUCCCUAAAGCCGUAUGCCCGGAGCCUCUCUCACGAGUUGCGGACCCCCAUGCAAGGUGUAGUGGGGAUGUUGGACGUCAUGUAUGCAACGGUGCAAGAAGCGACAGAAGGCCAGAAAGAUCCUAGAUUUCGGAAGAUUUUUGAAUCACUAAAGGAAAAUAUUGAGGUUAUUCAAGAUAGCUCGCGAAGAGCGGUCGAGGCGGCAGACAAUGUCGUCCACGCUUACGAUAUGAACAUGGGCGUGCCUGAAUCGCCGGAGUACACCAGCGACGAAGACAGGUUUGAUUAUGAAGGUCAGAGGCCAGAGAUCGUAGUGGCAAACGAAAAUAUGGGCUUGGGGCUGAAACGUACCAAGAGGAGGAGAAAGAGUGGUGCGUGGGAUAGCGGUAAACCCUCGAAACACCAUGCAAGUGAUGCUGAUUGGUCGUCGAGACCUAAAGCCAGCGACCUGGUAUCGACCGCUAGCACGGACAGUUUCACAUCCCCACCCGCCGUACAACCAGCGGGAGGCUCUCCUCCAGCCACACCUAAUUUUCAGACGGAAAGCACAGUCGUACCUGGUCUCCGGCAUGCCAGCAUUCGCGACGUUAUUCAAUAUGUCAUCAAUGACUCUCUGAAGCUGGGCGGAAGACCAGAAUCAGCUAUUGCACAACAUACUGAUGGUGGCGAGAUCAUCGAAGUCAGGAUGAGAAAUUCUAGUGGUCAAGAGAAGAUGAAACAAAUUGAGUGGUCGGUGGAUUCCGAUAUCCCCGACACCAUGUUCAUCGACGAAAGAGACCUGGCUAAAAUGAUUUCCUGUGUCUUUUUAAAUGCGCUAAAGUUCACCGAAGAGGGUAGGAUUGGACUGACGGCACAACUCAACGAGAGUCCAACCAAACGCUACAUUGUCAUAAGGAUAGUUGAUUCCGGAUCUGGCAUUCCAGAAGCCUUCAUACCCAACCUUUUCAAGGCAUUCUCGAGGGAAGACGACUCAUUAACACGGCAAAGCGAGGGUCUGGGCCUGGGUCUCCUCGUCGCCAGAGGUUUGGCACGCAAACUCGGCGGCGAUCUGUUCUGCUCCCGCUCAGAUACAACGGGGCCUAAUAGAGGAACGGAGUUUGAGAUUCGGGUACCAAUCAUCCCUGGUGAUACUGUCAGUCGUCCCAACACACCCUUUCCAUCAAGAUCACCUUCCAAUCCGCCGAGGAAGUUCAGAGAGAGCAAAGAAAGAAACAUGGCGUCCUUGGAGAGGGCGUUGGAGAAUACAAGGAUACCUAGUCCGCCAUCGACCGGCUCUGACGUGCCGGAAGUGGGUAAUGCCCACAUUCCUCAACUCGCAAAUUCAGCUUUACCACGGCAUGGCAUCACGUGCGAGUUUAGGCGAUCAUCCGCGACAAAGCGCCAACCGCCGCUGCACGCCCGCCGUGCGUCGGUAAAGAAGAUAACGUUUGAUCGUGAUCUUGCAACACACCAUCCACUCAACUUUCUAGUGGCGGAAGACAACAAGAUCAACCGGAAGCUCCUGGUCAACAUGCUCCAGAAACUCGGGUACAAGAACAUUCGCGAAGCCUACGAUGGUGCAGACGCAGUGCGACAAAUGGUCGACGCGCGGGACGCUAGCGACCAAGUGGAUGUCGUACUGAUGGACCUGUGGAUGCCGCUCAUGGACGGCUACGAAGCCGCAGAGCGCAUCCUGAGCAUGAGCAUGGACGCUAGCCACGACAGCAGGAAGCGGCCGACCAUCCUUGCCGUGACAGCCGAUGUCACUGACGCGGCCUUGGAGCGAGCGGCACGAGUAGGGAUGAAGGGAUUCAUGACGAAGCCGUUUAAGCUGCUCGACCUGGAGAAGCUGAUUGUGGAGUACUGCGCCAGCGAAAACGAGGCAUAG